GCGCCAGGAAAGAAACUGACUUGGGCCACCAUAAAAGAGGGCGUGAAAGAGGGAGAAUUGAACCUAGACGGACAUCUUCCAAAUGCGGCUGGCUAGGAAGAAGAGGAAGGCUUUGGAUGCCACGACAAGUGACGGGAGAGACUUUAAGAGAAUGGUAGAAGAUGUUGUUGCCCAACUCGAUGCGGAAAAAGAGGCAAAGGCAGCAAGAAAGGCUAUGGCGGCACCGCAGACUCAGGGAAAGGCAAAGAAGGCGGUGGUGCAAGAGGAGGAAGAAGAGGAAGAGGAGGAGCCUGAGCCUCAAAAGCUAACAAAGGCACAUAGGAAGGCCAAAAAUCUGGCCCAAGGUGGACAAGGUUCAGGAAGAGGACAGACCCUGCAAGCAACAGCACUGCCUCCCCAAGAGUCGCAUGGUCUGGCCGCGUCAGCACCCUAUGGGCCGUGGCCGGGUUAUGGACCUCACAGUCCUUGGCCUGGGCACUGUUCAUACGUACCAUGGCCGAUGAGUGGACCACAUGGAUCAUGCGCAGGAGCGCCGCUGAGCGCGGCUUCCUGCGGGUGUCCAGGACCCCACACUCAACAAGUAAGCCACCCGAGCCCCCAACCAAGCCAACCUCAACAGCCGGCACCACAGGGGUCGCAGGGAAAUCAAGGCGGCGGACGUCGACAGAACCAAGGAUGGGGCCGAGGGCGAGGAAAUGGCGGUCGGGGAAAUGGAAGAGGAAAUGGGGGUGGCAAUUCCAGUGGAAGAGGAAAUGGGGGUGGCAAUUCCGGUGGAGGAGGAAAUGGGGAUUGGAAUGUGUCAGGGAAUCAGAGUAGUCAGGACGGCGGGCGAGGUUUUCGUAGAGGACGGAUAGACUGGAGGAAUGCUAUUUGCUGGCAUUGUGGGCAGAAGGGUCACACCAUCAAGUUCUGCCAUGUCCGAAGGAACGAUGAAGAUGAAGGGUUGAUAAGUAACAACUACGACGGUGACAUGUAUGAUAAGUUUGGAUACUACAUUGACCCAGAGAUCCCUGGUGGGUCGAGAAAGGAGCCCUUGAGACGAGUCGAGGCCGGCGAGCCGUCCGCUCCUCCGACCAUGUUUCGAAUCUGGCAAGAGGAGGAUGUCUGUCCUGAUGUAAGGGUUGAAGAGAUAGGAGAGAAUGAGGAAGUAGAGCAGGAAAGGAAAGCAGACGAGCAGAACAUUGCAACUGAGACCAGAGUAAGAGGGUUCCUCCAGUUCGUGAGGAGGCCUAUCAGGAUGUUCGUCAAGAGCAUUGUGGAAAGAGCGCUGCAUUGGGGAGAUUGCAAGCGGUUACUGAGGAGCUACUAUACUCCCACAUGCCAGGCAGAGGAGAGGAGUAUGGAGAAGAAGAGGAAGGAGCUUGAGACGGAGAGGCAGGAUGCAAAAAGGACCCAGAGGGGAGGACCAUCAGGUGGAUCAGAUGCGCCCCCUCAGCCUGCUCAGGACUGCCCUAUGGCAGACAAAGGGCCAGAACUACCUCAAGAGCCACAUGGACAGAAGCAGAGUGAGGAACAGGCUGCAAGGGAGAAGGAACAAGACAGAAAGGAGAGAGCAACAAUAGAGAGAGAGAUCAGAGUUCAAAUCAGACUCAAAAACAUUGCGGAGCUGCACGAGAAGGUUGAGCAGGGAGAGCAGCCUGUGAUACUAGAAGACAGAAAGGGGAAUGACUCACCCACUCAAGACGAUGAGACUCCUCUUUUCACGGAGGUUUUGGACAACUUUGAUAAGUUCUUGGAGGGAGCAGGGAGGCCCAGGGAGCAGCAUCAGGAGAUGGGGGUUAAGCUGGUCUCUACAGACUUGCUUAGCCUGAAGGGCCUUAUGAAAAAGGGCUUUGCGGUGGCCAAGACUUCUGAUGAAAAGAUGAAGAAGAGGUUGACAAGGGUGGCGCGGGCGUCUCAUGAGCAGAGAAUGGACUGGCAGAAAGAAAUUGGUGAUCUCAAGAAGGAGUUGGAGAGGCAGGACAAGGAGAUGGAGGCCAUGCAGAUUGAGGUGGAGAAGGCCUGGGAAGGCAACGAGGCCAUCAGACAGGUCAACCAUACCCUCAACAAAGUCAACGACACCCUGAGGACCUACUUGCAGGUACAACAGAAUAUCUUUCAGGCAAAAGAAGCCAAGUGGGGGAAGAGGAUAGAGGAUCUUGAGGCCAAAUGUGCACAACAGGCGCCUACUGCAGUGGUGGACUAGACCGAGGUCCAGGGGUUUGAAAUCAGGAAGCAGCCUGCAGAGGAGGCCUUCAAGAGU